CCCGCCCGCCCCCCCGCCGGCCCGGGCGGGAGUUUGCACCUCUCUCUGCCCGGGUGCUCGAGCCGCAGCUGCAAAGACAACUUUGGAAAAAGUUUUUUGGGGGAGAUUUGGGCUUUGAGGUGCCCAGCCUAGAGCUUUCUGAUUUGGGAGACCUAUCCAGAAAAUGUUGCAAAAAAGCUAAGCCAGCGGGCAGAGGAAAACGCCUUCAGCCGGCGAGUGAAGACGAACCAUCGCCUGCCUGGCGUGUUCCUUUUCCUCUCGGAGGUUGGAGUACCCUGCGCGCCCCCACACGGCUAGACGCCUCGGCUGGUUCGCGACGCAGCCCCCCGGCCGUGGAUGCUCGCGCGGGCUCGGGAUCCGCCCAGGUAGCAGUCUCCGACCGUGGUCAUCCCCAGCCCCCCAGCGACGGAGCCGGGGCCGCGGGCGGCGGCGCCCAGGGGCCAUGCGGGUGAGCCGCGGCGGCGGCUGCAGCGGCCUGAGCUCCUGAUCACCGCGGACCCGAGCGGAGCCCACUCUCCUCCCCAGCCCCCCACCCUGGCCGCGGGGGCGGCGCGCUCGGUCUACGCGUCCGGGGCCCCGCGGGGCCGGGCCCGGAGUCGGCAUGAAUCGCUGCUGGGCGCUCUUCCUGUCUCUCUGCUGCUACCUGCGUCUGGUCAGCGCCGAGGGGGACCCCAUUCCUGAGGAACUCUAUGAGAUGCUGAGUGACCAGUCCAUCCGCUCCUUUGACGACCUCCAGCGCCUGCUGCACGGAGACUCCGUAGAUGAAGAUGGGGCCGAGCUGGACCUGAACGUGACCCGGGCCCACUCAGCACGCGAGGCUGAAGGCUCAUCUCGUGGGAGGAGGAGCCUGGGUUCCUUGACGGUGGCCGAGCCGGCCAUGAUCGCCGAGUGCAAGACGCGCACGGAGGUGUUCCAGAUCUCGCGGAACCUCAUCGACCGCACCAACGCCAACUUCCUGGUGUGGCCGCCCUGCGUGGAGGUGCAGCGCUGCUCCGGCUGCUGCAACAACCGCAACGUGCAGUGCCGGCCCACGCAGGUGCAGCUGCGACCUGUGCAGGUGAGGAAGAUCGAGAUCUUGCGGGGGAAGCCGACCUUCAAGAAGGCCACGGUGACCUUGGAGGACCACCUGGCCUGCAAGUGUGAGACGGUGGUGUCUGCUCGGCCUGCGACCCGAAGCCAGGGGGCUUCCCAGGAGCAGCGAGCCAGGACGCCCCAAACUCGUGUGGCCAUCCGGACAGUUCGAGUCCGCAGGCCCCCCAAAGGGAAGCACCGCAAGUUCAAGCACACGCAUGACAAGGAGGCGCUGAAAGAGACCCUCGGAGCGUAGUGGUGGCGGCAGGAGAAUGUGGGCAGGGUUAUUUAAUAUGGUAUUCUCUGUAUUGCCCCCAUGGGGUCCUUGGAGUGAUAAUGUCGUCCCCCUCGUCCGUCUGUCUCGAUGCCUGAUUCGGACGGCCAAUGGUGCUCCCCCGCCCUCCGCGCAUCUGUCCCCCACCGCGUCAGUCCCCGCCAGCAGCCCUGCCCUGGGGCCAAAGGAGCAAACGGGACUCAGCUCCAUCGCUCCAACCUCCCUUGACCCGGAGAGCGAGGGACAGGAGCAGAGAGACUGGCGGGACGGGGUUCCGUCCCCCACGCCUGGCCCCAGGAGCGCUGCGCGAGGAGCCGGCCGGCUGGGGGACACGACACCUCCAGGCAGACGGGUGCCUCAUCCGGUGGCUGAGACCACACGGGGAGCACAGACUGGGGUAGCCCCUCUCCCGGCACCCAGAAGGCCGUCGCCCUCCUGUCAGCUCUGUGCGCUCCGCGGCUUCCUGCAUUUCCUCGCUGAGAUCCUCGGAGACAGACUCGCCUCGCCAGGGCAGGUGCCCGUGCGCCCCCUCCAGCGGGUUACAGAUGAAGUUUGCUCUUUGCGUGAAAGCAGAUGGCGACCUGGGCACCCCCGCCUCCCCUGUCCACCCUAAUUCAUUCCCUCCUCUAUUUCCUUUCAUUUCUCUACCUCCACCCUGCAUCUUCCACUCACCCUGGCCCUUUGGUCUGUUCUGCCAAUGGGCUCUUGGACCCCUGAUUGAGACCCCAGUCAUUCUUCCCUAGGACGGAAGACCAGGGGCCAGGGCAGUAGGAGACCUGCCAUCAUAUUCCAGCCCAGCCAAGACUGCCAUGUAAGGUUGUGCAGAGUGUGGACUGCACAAGGGCACUGCAUGCAGGGAGCACUGUUCACACCCUACAUAUGACCCAUUUAUCUAUUUAUUCUGACAGUUUCUGGCAGAUGUAGGUCAAGUGUCUGAGGAAAGGGAUCCUUUUCCUAAUUCACACAAAGGCUCCAUGUGGACUAGCUGUGCCCCUGCCCCAGCCUUCAGCCUGGAGUAGUCAGACAUGAGUGAGCCAGUGGUGUAUGGGUCCGCGCCUCCAUUCCCCAGGCCUCUGCUCCAGCUGUUCCCUUCAGGGCAGAUGUGAGAAGCCCAGGCCAAGGUGUGGGAGCGGGAACAGCCUCUUGCCCCGCCCCCACUCCCCCCUUGGGUUCUUAGGGUCUGGCCUGCUGGCUCCUCCCAGGACCACAGCAGGUGGGCGGGGGAGGGGGGAAAAGAGCCCUGGCCCCUCGGGUGGGGGUCUGAGCUCCCCCUCCCCCUGCACUUCCCUUCCCCCUCCCAGAUCUGCUUCCUUCAGUUUGUAAAGUUGGUGAUUAUAUUUUUGGGGGCUUUCCUUUUA